GGAUGCUCUGCGGGCAGGGCCGCCUCUCCCGCACGCCCAGCGCCUCUCCUGCCGGCGGACCCGCAGCCGGUUUGCUUUCCCUCUCUCCUUGCGAUUCCAGCCCAGCAAUUCCAUCCUCAGGGACAAAUCCUUCCUGUAUGGAUCAGCCUUCUAGUGAUGGUGAAACUGGGAGAAGACCACUCUAAGCAAACCCAGGAUGAUUCGGGUCCCAGCUGAUGCAGAAAAUGCUCACAGUAGCAGUGUGGAAUCUUGUCCUUCCUUGCGGGAUGUCCACUCCAUCAACCCCACACAGCUGAUGGCAAGGAUUGAGUCGUAUGAAGGCAGAGAGAAGAAAGGCAUCUCAGAUGUCAGAAGGACUUUCUGUUUGUUUGUUACAUUUGAUCUCUUAUUCAUAACCUUACUGUGGAUAAUAGAAUUGAAUGUAAAAGGAGGCAUCGAGACUACCUUAGAGAAAGAAGUUCUACAUUAUGACUACUCUUCUUCAUAUUUUGAUAUAUUUCUACUGGCAGUCUUUCGGUUUAAGGUGUUAAUACUUGCAUAUGCAAUGUGCAGACUGCGCCAUUGGUGGGCAAUAGCUUUUACAACAGCAGUGACCAGUGCCUUUUUAUUAGCAAAAGUAAUUAUUUCACAGCUGUUCUCACAGGGUGCUUUUGGCUAUGUGCUGCCCAUCAUAUCAUUCAUACUUGCCUGGAUUGAAACUUGGUUCCUGGACUUUAAAGUGUUACCACAAGAAGCUGAAGAAGAAAAUAGAUUUUUGAUAGCACAGGAUGCUUCAGAACGAGCAGCUCUUCUUCACCCAGGAGUCCUCUCUGAUGGGCAGUUCUAUUCUCCCCCUGAGUCUGUAGCAGGUUCUGAUGAAGACUCUGAAGAAAAACAAGACAGUGAAAAACCAAUUGUAUAGCAAAUAAGAAAAAGCAGAAAGAAAAUCUCUGCAGGAAGUUGUUGGGGUUUGGAAACUGGCAACAGAGUCUGUGGCUGACUUGCUGGCAGAGCUGCUGACAGGAGAGUUUACUCGUUAGAAAGUAAAGGGAACGGUUCCCGUGUACUGUAAUACCUCAUGAAGAUGUACCUUGUUGACAUAUGUAUAUUAGGUUGCCUCCCAGGUGGUAUGAAAGUAUUUGUCCACAACAUAUUUUAUUAUUCAGUGAUUCCUGAAGUUGAUCUUCUAAUGACUAGGUAAUUACUGGAAAGUGUUUGUCUUGUGUACCUAAUCAAGAGACUGGUAAUAUAAUGAAGUAAAACUUCUCUGUGGUGGAAGUAUAUUUAAUAAUUAUUGGGUCUCACUAGAUAAAAUAAUUUUAUGUUAUUGCUGUUUGUCAUUAGUUUAUGUUUACUUUUUUUAACUCCAUGCAUUUUCUUUUUUUUUAAUGGAUAUGUUCACUUUCUAAAAUAAAAAUGUUAAAACAUGA